AGAAUUCGUGGCACAGUCGGACCAACCCGUACUGUACUGAUGUGUCUCCUUCUAGGUUUAAGUUUGAGCUAGUGCAAUCCCAAUUCAAGACAAUCUCUCAUAUCCACCUUUCCAAACUGAUUAGAAACUCUGGCCCUGGCCACGAGUCGGAACUUGCAGAUAUACAUAGAGAGAGAGAAAUCACUCACGAUCUUCCUCCAAAACCUUCAAAUUUGUUCGCUAUUCGUUAACCAUCCCAUCUGUUUGAUCUAGAAUAGAGAGAACCUUCGAAUUGGGUUUUGGCUUGGGGAUUUUAAACCAAUGGAAGAAAUUACGGAGGGAGUGAACAGUAUGAACAUCUCCGAUUCUCACAAGAAGAAUCGGAUUCAAGUCUCUAAUACCAAGAAGCCUCUCUUCUUCUACGUCAAUCUGGCCAAGAGGUAUAUGCAGCAACACGAUGAGGUGGAGCUUUCAGCUCUUGGAAUGGCAAUUGCCACAGUUGUCACUGUUGCAGAAAUUCUGAAAAACAAUGGUCUGGCUGUUGAGAAGAAAGUUAUUACUUCCAGUGUGGACAUGAGUGAUGAAUCAAGGGGAAGACCUGUCCAAAAAGCCAAGAUUGAGAUAACACUGGAGAAGACAGCAAACUUCGACGAGUUAAUGGCUGCUGCACAAGAGGAGAGGGAGAUGCGAAAUGAAGAACAAAGCUAAGGAGAUAAAUGUUGGUCACAUUGAAUGUUCCUAUAGUUGGAUGUGACUGGUAGUCAUCUUGGUUACAAUUUUUGUCCCCAAAUAUAUGGUCCUUUAUAUAGAGUGUUGUUCAUUAUGACAGUUCAAAUAGUUUGUGGCUGUGGUUGUUCUUUAAAGACGUUCUGUUCA